AUGCUGAAUCCAUUUGAAUGUGCUAUUGCACCUCCUCUGACUCCUCCUAGAGUUAAGAAUCAUAGAUCUCAUAAGUUAUCAUCACCACCAGAAUUGAAACUUCCUGUUUUCAGUCCAACUACUCCAAGUAGUUGUAAAAAAAACUCCAUGAAGACCCCAAUUUCAACAAAGAAAAACUCAUCAGCAUCAACUACUAAUUCUAAUUCUUAUUUAAGAACCCCAAAUACUUCAAAGAAACCACAACCAACUCGCCAGCUUCAUAAGUCGUCAUCCUCCAAAUCAUUAAGAACUCCAAACUUACCACCAACUCCAGAAUUUACUCCUUAUAAGAAUCAAACCAUGAAAAGAAGCCAACAAGUUGAAGCUAUAAGUUCGUCAGCAUCGAAUUCUUAUUUUGCUCAAACUCAAAACUCCAGACGUUCAUCUAAACCAAAUAAGCAAAGUGGGUCUAAUUCAAAACUGCAUAAAUUAAGUCCAAAACUUGAUUCUUCCGAUAAUGAAACUACGUCAUCUUCAACCAAUGAUUUUGCAUUUGGUAUGUUUUUACCAACUCCUUCUACCACCAAGAAAAGCAAUACUAGUCCUACUCGUAAUCUAACGGCUCCUCCUGCAAUUGAUUUCAGUAAACUUUAUAGCAAUGAGGAAGAAGAAGAUACUUCUUUCCAAGAUGAUACUAAUCUUUCGAUUGGUGAAAGUAUUAAAGUAUCUGAUAUCACUUGUGAUACUACUCGAGACUCUCUUUCACUUCCAAUCUUAAAGGAGUCUUUUAUUUCUCCUCAAAAAGAUACUAAAUCAAUUCAAUCAGAUUCGAUCUUUUUGUCACCUUCCACACCUGGUCCUCAAUUAAUAGAUGAAGAGACCAUCAAUCAUUGGCAUGGUAAAUCUUUUAAUAAUGAGUUCUCAUCUGAUGAUGAGCUCUCCGAUGAAGAUUUCUUCCCAACCUCAAUCACUUUGGAAAAUCCGUUCAUUCAAGAUUCUCCUCCUCGUUUCAAAAGUCACAGCACUCCUACUAUAAAAGUUAAAAAUCCUUUUGACUCUGAAUCUUCUCCAAUCUUGGGUAAAGGCCAAAUUGAUUACUCCACUCACGCAGAAUAUAUCAAUAAUAAAACCGGUGCCGUUAGAAUAGUCAAAUUACUGGAACGUCAAAUGAAAAUUAAGCCAAAAAAAUUAGAUUUUUCUAGUUUGGCUUAG